AUGAGUGAUCCAUCCAAAAAUAACCCAUGCUCCCCUCCUCCAUGCUGCCCACCAAAACCAUGUUGCCCACCUAAACCGUGCUGUCCGCAGAAACCACCUUGCUGUCCCAAGUCCCCAUGCUGCCCACCCAAAUCCCCAUGUUGCCCGCCAAAGCCCUGUCCCUGUCCACCCCCAUGCCCGCCCCCCUGUCCCUGUCCAGCCACCUGUCCUUGUCCGCUGAAACCGCCAUGCUGCCCGCAGAAGUGUUCCUGCUGCCCCAAGAAGUGCACCUGCUGCCCACAGGCGCCUCCUUGCUGCGCUCAACCCACCUGCUGCUCUUCGGAAAACAAGGCCGAGUCAGAUUCUGAUUCAUCUGGCCAAACUCAGGAUAGGGGAGCACAAACACCACAGUCCCCUCAAGGUGCUCAAGGCGGUUGGAACAAGAAGUCAACUAAGUAG